GUUUCCGAGCUCCAUAAAGGCUGAAGCUCACACCGAGUUUACUCUCCACCUCACCUCAGGAAAUCUGUUUCGUUUUCUCUGAAUUCCUUGGGAAAGAACCUUUUCCCUGUGUUUUUUUUUUUACCUCUUCGAAACGAACAUGUUUUAGUUGAACACGUGUUGAUUAGCUGUGGUUUCUCUCUUAGAGCUUCUUUUCUUCAACGCUUUCCAACGUGUUUUUUUGCCUUGUGUGGAUUGUCAUGGCAGUGGAAGAGUGAGGCUUUGAGGAUAUCCUGUGUGUGUGUGUGUGUGUGUGUGUGUGUGUGUGUGUGUGUGUGUGUGUGUGUGUGUGUGUGUGUGUGUGUGUGUGUGUGUGUGUGUGUGAGUGAGUGAGUGAGUGCGGUCAUGACCCCCAGAGGAAGCCGCUCCGUGUGUUCGCGCUGCGCCGCUAAAAUCAUGCCUUACUUCAGGGACAACGCAGUGGCUUCACACAACCAGAUCGACCAGCUUAUCAGCGAAAAUUUCCUUACAGUCAAAGGAGCUGCCCUCUUCUUACCUCGUGGAAAUGGUUCCUCACCCUCCUCGUUGCCUCGCAUCACACAGCGGCGUAACAAGCACACAGGUGAUCUCCAGCAACACCUGCAAACCAUGUUUACUCUACUGCGGCCAGAAGACACCAUCCGGCUGGCGGUGCGGUUGGAGAGUGCCUACUUUCAGUGUACACGCUAUAUGGUGGUGGUGACCACUAUUGGAAGGCAAGACACUGAGGAGAGUGUGGUCCUUGGCAUGGACUUCAACAACUCAGACUGCAGUCAGUGCACAAUAGGUCUGGUCCUACCCUUGUGGAGUGACACUCUGAUUCACUUGGAUGGAGAUGGAGGCUUCAGUGUGUCCACUGCCAACAGAGUUCAUAUCUUCAAACCUGUGUCCGUACAGGCCAUGUGGUCAGCACUGCAGUCCUUACACAAAGCAUGUGAGGUAGCCCGGUGCCAUAACUACUACCCAGGAAGCCUCUUUUUGACAUGGGUUAGUUACUACCAGACGCAUAUCUGCUCUGAGCAACACUGCAUUAAUGAGUGGAAUGCCAUGCAGGAUGUGCAGUCCUAUCGAUCUGACUCACCUGUUCUGUUCACUGACCUGCCAACUGAGCGAGAGCGCACAGAAAGGCUGAUCAAGACUCGUCUGAGAGAGAUCAUGAUGCAGAAGGACCUGGAGAAUGUAACCUCUAAGGAGAUCCGCUCAGAGCUAGAGAUGCAGAUGGUGUGUAACCUACGGGAAUUUAAAGAGUUCAUUGAUAAUGAAAUGAUCGUCAUCCUGGGCCAGAUGGAUAGCCCCACAGAAAUCUUUGAGCAUGUGUACCUGGGUUCAGAGUGGAACGCGUCCAAUUUGGAUGAGCUCCAGAGCAGUGGUGUUCGCUACAUCCUGAAUGUGACACGGGAGAUUGAUAACUUCUUUCCUGGUCUUUUUGAGUACCACAAUAUCCGUGUGUAUGAUGAAGAGGCCACUAACCUCUUGGAGUACUGGAAUGAUACCUAUAAGUUCAUCUCCAAAGCCAAGAAAGCAGGGGUGAAAUGUCUGGUGCAUUGUAAGAUGGGUGUGAGCCGCUCUGCCUCCACUGUAAUAGCAUAUGCGAUGAAAGAAUACGGCUGGGAUCUGGACCGAGCUUUUGAGCAUGUGAAAGAGAGGCGUACUGUAACCAAACCUAACCCCUCCUUUAUGAAGCAGCUGGAAGAGUAUCAGGGCAUUCUGCUGGCCAGCAAACAGAGGCACAAUAAAUUAUGGCGAUCUCACUCAGACAGCGAUCUAUCUGAGCAGCAGGAACCUGUGUGUAAGAGUGCACGUACGUUGGGCCGUUCUGACCCACACAACCUGCAACACAAAUCCAAUGGCACUCGCUCCAUAAGUAGCAUGCUCCAGACAAUCAACAGUCAGCAGACAGUCCAGAUAAGAGCACAGCCUGGUACAGAAAACACCAACACCGACCUGUCUACAGACCCUGCCAUUCAGAACUCAGAGGGGUCAUGUGAGGACUCCAUGCUCCCAACUCUCCCACACGCACUUUUGGCAACUGUAGUGCCAGAGCAGAAUUUGGCAGGCAGCUCCAGUCCCAAAUUGGCAGUGACUGAGCCCGUUGCUGACCCUCAGCCUUCCCUUCAUGUCCUUCCUUGUGCCCAGUCUACCUCUCUCCAUGCACACAAGUUGCCAGCUGUACCUGAGCCAAAAAUAGACUCAGAGUUAUCCCUGAAUAUGCCUGAUCAAAACGACUCUCUUAAAAAUGCUCAGUCCUACGGGACUCAGCGCUUGGCAUUGUGUUUGGAUACUAUAAGUAGUGUUACUGAAACAGAAGGUGAUUUAGCAUCUUCAAGAACUCUCAUGGCUAUUAGCUCGUGUGAAGCAUCUCUAGAGUCAAGAUGUUCCACUAGCAGAAACACUGAUAUCUGCUCUAGUGGUGAGAAGACUCUGAGGACAGACAGCUCCUCCAGCCUUGGCACAGAUAGCAUUGACUUCUUCAGUGCAAGAGAGAAGUUUGUGGGCUUGUCACGGGAUGGUCAGACCAACUCACUUCAUGAAGCAAUGAUGCCCCGCACGACACGGCCCCAAAAUCCCAGCCUGUGCUCGGAGGAAUUGAACACAGUGGCAGUGAAAGAGGAUAUCACUCAGGGUUCGUCUCAUUCGGGAAGAUCCUGUGAAGCAAGUACCCCAGCAGAGCCUGUGAUCGUUCUCACUGAUAACAGUGUAUUGUUGCAACACAUUGAGUCUGAAGUGGAGUCCUUUACCUCUCUACAACCUUCAUCUCAAAGCUCUGAGCAAUCUACAUGCCAGGAAGAGCAUGUAGAGAAAGAGGAGGUGGAAGAGAAACCAGAAAGACCAUCCCUCCCUCCCCUUACCUCCACUCUUCCAUAUGAGCAUCCAGAGCAGGAGAUUCUCGUUUCUCACUCUUCGCCUCAUUCAGCUUGCACAGACAAUGCAGACGUGCAGCAGCUCUGUACUCCAGCAGGAGGUGCUGAUUCCAUCAAGGCAGAAGAGCAAGGAGAAGAGACACGGCCACUGGAUGAUGACGACUCUGGUAUUAUCCCAGACCCAUCUAUCUGCACGGCCACUGUGUGCCCAAGUUUAGAUCCCAGCUCAUCCUCGUCUUCUCUGCUGUGGCUGGAAAGUGAUGCUGAGGAUGUGACUUCAAAGCCACAUGACUUGCAGAAGAUCCAGGAGACGCUGCGGGAGCUGCAGGCCUUCCUGUUUGAAGCUGGAGGUAUGGAGGCCUGCUUCAGCUACAGCCAGCAGCUCGAAAACACGAAUGGUUUCACAGCAUCACAGCCUCGAACUCCAGCCAUGUGGCAGAAAGCCAUAGAGAUGGAGGCACGGAUCAGGCAGGCUGGUCUCACUCCACCCUCACUUAUGAAACGUUCAGCCUCGCUGGCCAAACUCGACCAGCUUGAACUGUCCAUGAAUGACCUAAACGACUGGGACUUCCGAGCCGAGGUGCCUUCCUCACCUUCCGCCUCUAUCUCUUUGCAUUCACAUUUGCUCUCCAGUAGCCAUGAUGAGGUCCAUAAGAAGCAGCGUGUUCUACCUCAGACCCUCUCAGAGGCCAAUAGAACUGAAAGCUCCUGUCAUGCCCCAUUUUUCUGCCCACAGCACAAGCAAGCCAGCAGCAUGGAACAGCCCACACACACCUUGAUCCUGCCCACUGUCUCAGUCCGCACACAGCAAGAGCAACAGCAGCACACAAAGCCACACCCUGUACGCUGGCCACGCAAAGCAGUGGACAAGAAAAAGACAGUUAGUGUGCUGUACAAUACCAUGUAACCUGAUCACGGCAGGGAUAUCUGUGUGCCAUAGAGGUGCUCUGUUAAGUUUUGGAUUUAUGAGAUCCAAUUGUAAGCUAAACCUGUGAGCGUAUGCUACUGUAAUGUCCCUUUCAAAUAUUUCUGCAAAUAUUACGUGUUUCUCAAAACAUGCACUUUACUAACCUGUUUUUAUUUGUAAUAUUAUUAUUAUUGUUUUUCUCCUUUUUUAUUUUGUGUUUUUAUUCCAGGUUUUUUUUUUCCCCUUUUGCACUGAUAUGAAAAGUAGCCUAUUUGUGUCUAUGUAGCUGUGCGUGGUGAUCUGGUUUUUGCUGGAAAACGGAGACAACUUGAUAUGUAAUUUUUAUACUGUGGCUAUAAAUAAAUUAAAUACACACUUUUUUAAA